CCGCCUCCGCCGCCUCCGCCGUCGUCGUCGUCGCUGCCGCCGCCGCGUACGGAGAGGCCGGGAUCGAGACUUUCCGUUCGCCGUCCGCACGCUCGUCGAACGCCACAGGGCGUCGGGGUGCGAUGCAGCUGUGAGAAAUCGCGCAAAUCGCCGCAAUCGUCCGUCGUUCUUGCGGUUAUUAUUCGCACGAUACGCAGGAUCGACCGUAUCGCCAUCGCCGCUACCGCCACCGUCGCUGCCGCCGCCGCCGCCGCCGCCGCUGCCGCCGCCGCCGCCGUGUCGCAGAUCCGCAAGUAGUUACAGCCAAGUCGUGAUCCGCCGCUACGGUCGUCGCCGCCGCCACCGCCGUCGAGUAACGCCCAGGGGAGGAAGUGCAAACAGCUCGAAGAGAGCGGCUGCGGGACCGUCGACAGCACGUCAAAAUGGCACCGAUCGUCAAGAGAGAGGCGCCCGCAGCGCCCGAUGAAGCUGGCAGCGGUGGUGCUACCUCGCCGAACACGCUGUUGAGCACGGAGGAGGAGAGAAUCACAACGGAUGAAGCCGUCACCGAGGCCGCGGCUGGGUCCUUGGAUAAAAUCGAGAAGAUCGGCAAGGAGAUCGCGGAUGAAGUAGGAAUACCGCCCUGGGGCCUUGUUGCUAUUUUAAUAGGGGUUGGUAUCAUUGUCCUCGGCAUCUGCUUCUGCUGUAUACGAAGAUGUUGCCGCAAAAGACGCACCAAAGACGGCAAGAAGGGCCUGAAGGGCGCGGUGGAUCUCAAGUCCGUGCAGCUUCUCGGCAGCACGUACAAGGACAAGGUCCAGCCGGAUAUGGAGGAGCUGACGGACAACGCCGAGGAACCGGACGAGGCCGAGAGCAAGCAGAGCGAAGUUAAGCUCGGCAAGCUGCAGUACAAGCUCGAAUACGACUUCAACUCGAACAGUCUCGCCGUAACGGUGAUACAGGCGGAGGAAUUGCCGGCGCUAGAUAUGGGCGGCACGUCAGAUCCAUACGUAAAAGUGUAUCUGCUACCGGAUAAGAAGAAAAAGUUCGAGACGAAGGUUCACAGGAAGACACUGAGUCCGAUCUUCAACGAAACGUUCACGUUUAAGGGCGUUCCUUAUGCCGAUGCCAUGAACAAGACCCUCGUCUUCGCCAUCUUCGACUUUGAUAGAUUCUCGAAACACGAUCAAAUCGGUGAGGUCAAAGUGCCGCUCUGCCAGGUCGAUUUGGCGCAGACGAUCGAGGAGUGGCGGGAACUGCAGAGCGUCGAAGGUGAAGGUGGACAGGACAACAAGCUAGGAGACAUAUGCUUCUCGUUGAGAUACGUGCCGACGGCUGGCAAGCUUACGGUGGUCAUUCUCGAAGCUAAGAACUUGAAGAAAAUGGACGUCGGUGGUCUUUCCGAUCCUUACGUAAAGAUCGCCUUGAUGCAGAACGGCAAGAGGCUGAAAAAGAAGAAGACGUCGAUCAAGAAGUGCACCCUCAAUCCGUAUUACAACGAAUCAUUCACCUUCGAGGUACCCUUCGAGCAGAUACAGAAAGUGCAACUCGUCGUCACCGUAGUGGAUUACGAUCGUAUCGGCACAUCGGAACCCAUCGGGAAGGUCGUGUUGGGACAGAACGCAAGUGGAACGGAAUUGAGACAUUGGAGCGACAUGCUGGCGUCUCCUAGGCGCCCGAUCGCCCAGUGGCACACGCUGAAGGACCCCGAAGACGGAGAUAAGAAAGAUUAAGAACGUUGACGUUCCAGUUAAGGGGUGCGAAAUACAAAAAAAGAAUUGGGAAACCCUGCUGUUGACUGUUCGUUGAUCACGACUGAAAGCCAGGCCAGUCGACGUGGGCGAUCGACGCGAUCGCUUCCUCUCGAAAUUUUUCGCUAAUCGUGUCGGGACGACGUUCGUUACGUUUACCCUUUGCAUCAUUAAAGUCGACCACGCCGUCAUCAUCAUGCAAAAUGUGCAAACCCUUGCAUCAGAAUUUAGCAUUUUAACGACGAUAAGCUAACCAGAGAGGGGAUUGGUACUGUCCACUUUUUACGGUAGAUUAUCACGUUCUUUCACGUAAGAUAACACUUGGUUUUCUAGCUAUCUCGUGUCACUCAAGACCUAUGCGGACGGUGCUGGCGAACUGCUCGCAGAAUUGCUAAGUCGAAGAGACAUUUACGAAGGAACGAAGUCGGAUGCGUUUUUGUCUACCGUGUAUAGCGUGCAUGCGCAUAGUUUGACGUCGCGAGCACCGGCCGCGUAAGAAUCGCACAUCCACACUUGAGAAAGAACGAA